ACUCUCACCUUUCUUUCCCCCACCCGGCCAUAGCCUUGGCUUCCCGGCGACCUCAGCGUGGUCACAGGGGCCCCCCUGUGCCCAGGGAAAUGUUUCAAGCUUUCCCCGGAGACUACGACUCCGGCUCCCGGUGCAGCUCCUCACCCUCCGCCGAGUCUCAAUACCUGUCUUCGGUGGACUCCUUCGGCAGUCCACCCACCGCCGCCGCCUCCCAGGAGUGCGCCGGUCUUGGGGAAAUGCCCGGUUCCUUCGUGCCCACGGUCACCGCGAUCACAACCAGCCAGGACCUCCAGUGGCUCGUGCAACCUACCCUCAUCUCUUCCAUGGCCCAGUCCCAGGGGCAGCCACUGGCCUCCCAGCCCACAGCCGUUGACCCCUAUGACAUGCCAGGAACCAGUUACUCCACGCCGGGCAUAAGUGGCUACAGCAGUGGCGGAGCUAGUGGCAGUGGUGGGCCUUCCACCAGCGGAACCACCAGUGGACCUGGGACUGGACCUGGGCCCCGCCCAGCCCGAGCCCGGCCUAGGAGACCCCGAGAGGAGACGCUCACUCCAGAGGAGGAGGAGAAAAGAAGGGUUCGCCGAGAACGAAACAAACUGGCAGCAGCAAAGUGUAGGAACCGGCGAAGGGAGCUGACUGACCGACUCCAGGCGGAGACAGACCAUCUGGAGGAAGAAAAGGCGGAGCUGGAGUCGGAGAUCGCUGAGCUCCAAAAGGAGAAGGAACGUCUGGAGUUUGUGCUGGUGGCCCACAAACCGGGCUGCAAGAUCCCCUACGAAGAGGGGCCCGGGCCGGGCCCGCUGGCGGAGGUGAGAGAUUUGCCGGGGUCAGCAUCCACUAAGGAAGAUGGUUUCAGCUGGCUACUUCCGCCCCCGCCACCACCGCCCCUGCCCUUCCAGACCAGCCAAGACGCACCCCCCAACCUGACAGCUUCUCUCUUUACACACAGUGAAGUUCAAGUCCUCGGCGACCCCUUCCCCGUUGUUAACCCUUCGUACACUUCCUCGUUUGUCCUCACCUGCCCGGAGGUCUCCGCGUUCGCCGGCGCCCAACGCACCAGCGGCAGCGACCAGCCUUCCGACCCCCUGAACUCGCCCUCCCUUCUCGCUCUGUGAACUCUUUAGACACAAAACAAACAAACACACAAGGGAGAGAGAGAUUUGGAUGAGGAGGAGAGAGGGGAAGAGACAAAGCGGGCGAGUGGCCUCCCUGCCUCUCCUGUCUGACCCUCCGCUGCCACUGCCGUCGGACAGGAGGACUUCCUUGUGUUUUGUGCCGCCUCUUGUUUCUGUGGCCCGGCGAGACCGGAGAGCUGGUGACUUUGGGGACAGGGGGUGGGGAGGGGAUGGACACCGCCCCCCGGCUGCCUGUUGGCCGUCUCGCUUCAACCCAACCUCUGGGGAUGG